AUGUUUGCUCAGUGUUUAGUGUUUGCUGUGUUUAGCACGCUUACUUUAGCAUUAGCAAAUGAUGAUCUAUUUCUUCAUCGAUUUCGCGGUCAUAUUUUAAAAAUCAAUGGAAAAUAUGAAAUAGUGACAACAUUAGCAGAUUCUUAUAAAGAACCCGAUGGUAAUUCUGAUAAUGUUUUAGCAACUGGAUCUUGGGAUCAAACUUAUAAUAUAACUGGUUGGUCCGUAUUAGAAAUAAAAACAGCAGAAAACCAAACAAAUAUUGAUCAAGUUUAUUCAGCUGGAUUACUUGAAGGACAAUUUACACAAGAAUUAACUCGUAUGCAAUGGCAAAAUACCAUAACUAAUAUUUGUGUUAAUCGAACAGACUUUUGCGGAAAGCUAAAAAAUUUUUUUCUAACUCAACUUAAUUGGAUUUAUAU